AGGUAUGAAAUAUUGGCAUUGAAUGUUAAUCCCAAUAUCCUGCGAUAUUGGCAUCGGAGCAAAUUCAAUGCUAAACAUACCAAUAUUGACAUGGCUUUCAAAAGUUAAAAAGAGAAGAAGAAGGAGAAGAAGAAAAUUAAUUAGCCACGCAGGAGGUGAAUUGGACAAUUGACAUGUAGGUCAAGCUUUAAGUCCAGAACUCCGGAUUGAACUAAUUUAAGAUCAGUCAGGAGCGCACGCUAAGUGACCGCUAUAUUUGAAAUUUUACAUGUACGACCUACAGAUCCCUAAUUGGGAUGAGUAAAGAAAGUGACAAUCAAUGCGAUCAGACGACUUUAACUACUCGAAAGAAUAAGAAAACCCUUAUCCUAUAGGAGUUAAUAUGAUAAUGCCACUGGCAGGGGAUUAGAAGACGAAUAGAAGCGGAAUAUCGAACAAUGGAAGGAGCAUAGGUUUAAUUCCCUGACUCCCACGACUGGUCAAAGGGCGAUUGAUCUGAAGAAGUUUCUUUACCCUAUAGUAUUUUUAUUUUUUUGCGGGGAUACCCCAUAGUAUAGUUAAUUCGAUCUUUACACGGGUGCCCCUUAACAUUGUUAAAAUUCAAUCAAGAACAUAGCAUGCAUGUAUACAAAGACACAGGGGACAUGAAUGCACACAAAGCAAUAUGUUAGGGAGCACUAUUUUGCAGAUAGGGACACCUCAUUGCUCUUUCUGAGGCCAUUUUUGUGGCAGGUAGGUGCCCUGGUCCAAAGACAAUCUUCCUUAUUUCCUUUAGUCCUUCCAAAAAACGGCAAUGACCAACGCAAACACCCUCACUGGCAUUGCACACAUAGCAUCCACAGUCCACACUUACAGCUAAUUCCCAUUCCAGAUCCAGAGGGGGCCAGGAAUAUUAUAAACUCAUGUCUCUUGUCUUUGCUGAGGCAUCCCAGACCAGAUGACCAGAGAUUAUCCCAGAGUCCCCAUUAACCCUGCCGCCCUCUCCUUUAUAACUCGCAUCUCUUGCAGCACCACAGACACACACACAACCACCUCCAAUCCUGGCUUUCCUUCUUGUGUUGGAAGACUGUUGCUUUCAAGCUGAGCAAAACCAAGCAAAACUAGCUAGGUCAAGCAACGGAGCCUUAGAUUUCCAAGAUCUUUGUGGGGGUGAAACAGAGAGGAAGGAAGGCAAGGUAGCAUGCAUCCGAACGUCGCGCCGCUGACCGUGCCUCCGGGCUUCAGGUUCCACCCAACCGACGAGGAGCUCCUCUACUACUACCUGAGGAAGAAGGUUGCUUAUGAGGCCAUAGAUCUCGAUGUCAUCAGGGAGGUUGACCUCAACAAGCUUGAGCCCUGGGAUCUCAUAGAUCGGUGCAGGAUUGGGACGGGGCCUCAGGAUGAGUGGUACUUCUUCAGUCACAAGGACAAGAAGUACCCGACGGGGACGCGGACGAACCGGGCCACGGCGGCCGGGUUCUGGAAGGCCACCGGCCGGGACAAGGCCAUCCUCCUCCACGGCGACAGCAACGCCCGGAGGAUCGGGCUCAGGAAGACGCUCGUGUUCUACACCGGCAGGGCCCCGCACGGCACCAAGACCGACUGGAUCAUGCACGAGUACCGCCUCGACAACGACAACGCCGACGCACCGCCGCAGGAGGAUGGGUGGGUGGUGUGUAGGGUUUUCAAGAAGAAGAGCAUCCAGAGGGGCUACGAGCAGCCGGAUCACAUGCUAGCCGGCGCAGACGAGCUCAACCAGUCCUCGCAGUUCCAUGCCACGGCCGGCAUGGCGCUGCCGGUGGAGGAAGUGGACCAGAAGCACGGAUUCCACCAACACCUGAUGCACAUGAACGGCGGUGUCGGAGGCUUCAUCCCCACCUUUGACCCCUCGAUGCACCUGCCGCAGCUCACCAGCGCCGAGACGGCCCCCGCCUUCAUGUCCCGCAGUAGCACACACGCCCCUCCUGUGGGCUUGAACAAUCAGCUUCUCGAUGAUAUAGGGUUCCCAUCCCAGUCCCAGAACAUGAUGAAGCUGACAACAUCAUGCAGCGGAGGCGAUGCCGGCACCGGUGAGAUGCUUCUUAACGGCGGCGAGGGCGUCCGCUUCGGCGCUGGAGCGGACUGGUCGAUCCUGGACAAGCUCCUAGAGUCGCACCAGAACCUGGAUCAGCUCUUCCAUGGGAAUGGAAAGCUUGGAGGUUCAGCUCCUGCAGUACUAGCCCCUACCCUUCAGCAGCAGCAGCUGAGGAUGGACAUGGGCACUUCUUCACUGCAGAGGAUGCCAUUCUUCCAUUACCUUGGCUGCGAUGCUGCUGAUCUUCUCAAGUACUCCAAGUAGCUGGUCCGCUAUCAAUAUGAUGAUAUGUAUUCUGCAUUUGUGCAACUUGAGCAGCUGAGACCCUGUAAUUUUGAAUAGUUUUGCUUCAUCUUUGAUGACCAGUUUUAAUUAAGUUAGAUUCGUUUUUGUU